AUGCUAAAGAUAUUCCUUGGAAUAGUUGGAAUUCAUGCCGUUAUACUUUAUGCACAACUGAAAAUCUGCUUCACAAUCUUGGUCAUAACUAAACUAUACUUCCUUUUUGCUCUUUCUUUCCUUCCUCAUUCAGCUGUAUUGCCUGCCCGCUGCUACUCUCAUGGGUCACAAGAAUCAGAUGAAGAAUUUGAUGCUCGCUGGGUGACAUAUUUCAACAAGCCAGAUAUCGAUGCCUGGGAGCUAAGAAAAGGCAUAAAUACACUUGUGGGUUAUGACCUGGUUCCGGAACCAAAAAUCAUCGAUGCAGCUUUGAGAGCAUGCAGACGGUUAAAUGACUUUGCCAGUGCAGUCCGCAUCUUAGAAGCUGUAAAGGACAAGGCAGGACCUCACAAGGAAAUCUACCCUUAUGUCAUCCAGGAACUUAGACCAACUUUGAGUGAACUGGGAAUCUCCACUCCAGAGGAACUGGGCCUGGACAAAGCAUAAACCUUACUUAUCGGUGGAUCACUCGUGCAUUUUACUGAUGCUAUUUGAUUGUAUGCAGUCCUCUGGAGACAUAAAUGUUAAAAUAUUACAUUAUUUGAAAUAACUUCUUCCUUUAUUGAGUCACAAUGUAUGUGAUGUGAAGUUGGACCUAAUAAAGGAAAAACUGUUUUGACUGA